CUUCACUCUCACUUCUUCUCUCGCCAAUCAGGUUCUGUGCGUUUGUUUUGUGUCUCCACUUGCUACCGCUACCACUACCACCACCCUAGUACCCUUCUUUUAAAGCUUUCCCCAUAGCUCCCACCACCGAAAAAAAAUGUCGUCGUUUGGUACCCUCUUCCGUGUCUCUACGUACGGUGAGUCGCAUUGUAAGAGUGUUGGCUGUAUCGUCGAGGGCUGCCCUCCCGGUUUGCAGCUUACUGAAGCAGAUGUUCAAGUGCAGCUUUCUCGUCGUCGUCCCGGUCAGUCGAAUUUGACGACCCCUCGUAAUGAAAAGGACAAGGUUCAAAUCCAAAGUGGCACCGAAUUUGGUGUUACACUCGGUACGCCUAUUGGAAUGCUCGUCCAAAACUUGGACCAACGUCCCCAUGACUAUUCGGACAUGGACAACUUUCCUCGUCCUUCUCACGCCGAUUACACGUACUUGGAGAAGUACGGUGUGAAGGCCUCUUCUGGUGGCGGCCGUUCCAGUGCUCGUGAGACCAUUGGCCGUGUUGCCGCUGGUGCCAUUGCUGAAAAGUAUUUGCUGGAGGCUUACGGUGUGGAAAUCGUGGCUUUUGUUUCCAGCGUGGGCAACAUUUCGAUGCCCUUGAAGCAUGCCUGUGCCGAUGUGGAGGACCCCGAGUCCCCCAUCACCGCCGAGGUGCUUGAGUUCUUGCAAAACGUUACCCGCGAGCAAGUCGAUGCUACGACAGUUCGCUGUCCAGACCCUUCCGUGUCUCAGAAGAUGGCCGACCGUAUCGCUCGUGCCCGUGACAAUCACGACUCCAUCGGUGGCACGGUCACUUGUGUCAUUCGCAACGUGCCCAUCGGUCUCGGUGAGCCUUGUUUCGACAAGCUUGAGGCUAAACUGGCCCAUGCUAUGUUGAGCAUUCCUGCCACCAAGUCUUUCGAGAUCGGUUCCGGUGUUGAAGGAUGCAAGGUGCCUGGUUCCAAGCACAACGACUCCUUCUAUCGCAAGCCGAACGGAAAGCUCGGUACUAAGACCAACAACAGUGGUGGUGUCCAGGGUGGUAUUUCCAACGGUGAGAACAUUUACUUCACCGUCGGUUUCAAGUCUCCCGCGACCAUCGGCAAGGAGCAGCCCACCAGUCGUUAUGACGGCACUGACGGUGUUUUGGCUGCCAAGGGUCGUCAUGACCCUUGCGUUGUUCCUCGUGCCAUUCCCAUUGUCGAGGCUAUGGCUGCUCUUGUUAUCAUGGAUGCCACUAUGAUUCAACAGAGCCGUGCUACUGCUCGCAGUCUUUUGCCAACUGCACAGUAAGGGAGGUUAGGGAGUUAGAAGAGCGCGAAUACUGAAUCAUAAUAGAGAUUUUUUUGACAAGAAAACAGAGGAACAGAGGGACCGGUUGGAGAGAACACAGAG